AGGUAGCGCCAUUUAAAAAAAUGCCACCUCGAUGGAAAAAUUCUUUUCUAGUUCGAACGUCGCGGCGCGUGGCCGAUGGAAAACUUUCGUUUUUCCUCGGUUUGUAGAAAGUGCCUGAAAAGGGAUAUUCACGCGGGAUGUCUUGUAUCGUUUGUAAGCUUCAAAUAUUUGUUAGCAACGAUCGUCUUCCCCCCGGAAAGGUGCUAGUUUUCUUUUUUCCGCUUCACCCUGCGUUUCCUCGUUCGUUCACUCGGGCUCUAUCUCGCUCGUAUCGUUCGCCUCUCCCGUUAUCCACACCGCUCUAUCUCGUCCGCCUCCGACCCACUCGUUUUAAUAUCCGUCAAAUUCGUACCUUUUGUAUAUUCACAUUCAACGCUGUAAAAAUGUUAAAAUGUUAGAUCGUUAAGUCGUAGAAAUUUCGAAUUUUAAGUUAACGUAACAAGCCUUGGCGCGUAUCCAUUAUUCAUUAUCGAGGAUAAAAUUUGUCCAUCUCCGUUCAGCCCGCCUCGCUACGCACAAUCAUCUUCCCUCCGGAAUAGGUGUACGCCAGUUUUCUCUCUUCCACUCGAGCAACGCGUUUCGUCGUUUCGUUCUGUAUCCCCGUCUCUCUCUGUAUCGUUAGGUUGGCCUCUCUCCGUUAUCCAUACCACUCUAUCUCGUCCGUCCCCGUCCCACCUACUCGGCGUCCUCUCGCUCCCUCACACAAUCGCACGGGAUCGUGCACACGUACAGUGGUCGCGGAGGUAGGCACAAAGGCUCGACGUUACCACGUCUGCUGCCUACCUGAUGCCCCGAGAACUCGAGCUCGAGCCAGUCACGUGGUCCCUCGAACGCGAAGGAUGUUUGUGGGAUCGCGAAGUCAGUUCGCGGCGGUCCGUUCAGCGGGCAACAGAGAGAGAAACUAGGAGGACACGCUAACCGCGGUCGACCAGUGGGACCCUGGCCAAGUGGAAAGGGAAACGAGGAUAGAGGAUAGAAGGCAACGGAUCGAGGAUACCGCGGCUACGAGUUUCAACGAGGUCCUCGUCGAUCCUAACGUGCCUGGCGUAGCGACAACAUUCUGUGCGCGUUAUUCUCGUUCGUCGAGCGUCCGAAAAACCUGGAAAAACUCCGAGUGUCCGUCGUGACACGGUCCAGUGGUAAUUUUUUGUGAAUCCACGUCGGUGUCGUUGAAAGGAACCGCGAGGGAUACGCCUAUCGUCGCUCGUUGCUGACUAAAGGUCUGGCAGAUCGCGUAACGCGGAACAGCCGAUCGCGUUGCAGCAGCGUCGAGUGCGCGCAAAAACGCUUCGUUUUAGGCUCUGACUCAACCGAUGAUUCGUCCGCCACUGAAAUAGUAGUCGGCGAGGGCAGGGAAGAGGCGCGAAAUGUUCGCCGCGGGUUGGAACGAGAACGGAAAGAUGACUAUCGAUCCCUGUUAUCGCGUAUGACCCCGAUACGAAUCGCGUUUCAGAUAAAGGAAAAAGAGAAAAGCCAGCCAUGUCCGUGCCGCGGGACGAGUACGCGUGAGAGGACUGUCGCUCGAGAUAAAAAUGCAGUUGGCAGCGACGCAGAGGCCUCACCCACCGCCUGUGCCACCGCGACCGAGCAGGCAGGUGGUCGCUGAGGCCCUUAAAAGAUCCCCAAGGCCGCCCUGUCCGACCAGGCAGGCACCACCGCCGCCCAACACCAAACCUUGGAGGUCCGAUCAGGAACCGCCGAAUCAGCAACAGGUGCCACCGCCGGUCCCCGGCGGUCGUACGGUCGUCUACGAGUCGAUCAAAGAGCCCUCGUCGGGCAAAGAGACCGGCAACGAAACCGUCGAGCAUGCUCGGGUCGUCGACAGGGAUCGCAGAGCCGCUCGAAACGCGAGUGAAAGGAACGAAGACGAGGACGAUCGUCGUGGAAAUCCGCGGGAAAGGCGGCACCAACGCGGCGUCGACCAGGAACAACGGGAAAAUUCCGCGGAAUCGAGCGAGAAAUGUUCCUCGUCGGCGCAGGAGAGCGUGGCCCACGGUCAGACACCGCGUAGUCUCGAGAAUCCCGCGGAUGACGGGGGUUCCCGGAAGCUCGAGGUAUCAGGAAACGCUCGGGAAUCCAAAGAACAGAACGUCAAUUCGGGUCAUCGAUCUCUCGCCGCGCCGUGCAACGACGAGAAUGGCAAAGACGACGAGUCGACGGCGAAACCUGUGGUUCACCCCAGGUUGAACGUGUCGUUCGGCGAUCUGGCGCCAAUAGUGGACUCGAAACUGUCGAGAUUGCAUUCCGUGGAUAAGGGUGUGGAGAAAGGGAGGAGGAUCGAGGGUCGACCGACGCCCGCUCAGAGAUCGUGCUUGUCGAAAAACCGGGAGAAGAGGACCGCGGAGGAAUCGAGCGUGAAUGAAAACGGCAAGUUCGUUUCGAGCGUUGACCGUGCCACGGUGGUCGUUAUGGACGAACCAGAGCGUAAAGCCGCAUCGAACGACGACGAGGACAACCAGAACGCGAUCGAGAACGAGAACGACAACAUUCAUCGGCAAGACUGGCUGGACGCCGGUGUCCACUAUUCGUCCACGCAGAUCACGUUGUCCGGGGACGACGGGGACCCCGUCGACGGCGAUCGAGUCAACGGACUCGAUCACUGCGAAAACGAGAAAGUCGGUGAUCUUAAUUUCCUGAGUUUACAAGAGAGGAUCGCGAUGUCUUCCUUACAAGGUUUGCCACCGUUGCCGAGGAGUUUGAGCGGAUUUAAUUUGAGCGGUGGACGCGAGGGUUGCGAGCCACCGCCGCCGCCCACCAGAUCCUCCAGCAAAACUCAAAGAGGCGGUAAAACUUCGAUCCAAUCAUCGUCCAGGCCAUCGCCACCUGCCAGACAGCUCACCACUCUGGACACUCAGCUGGCUAUACUCAGGAGAGAAAUGUUUGGACUUCGACAACUGGAUCUGUCACUGCUCUCCCAACUUUGGUCCCUGAACGAGUCCAUUCAAGAGUUUCGACAGCUGUUGCAAGAACAAGAAGACAGAGCACCGUCACCUUCACCUAGUAGCGAGGAGGGGGACGACACCUCCUACGGUACUCAUCCUCCGCCGCCUCCGAGGAGGCCAGCUCCUGUUGUGCAUCAUCACAGACCCCCCAGACCUCCCAGACCGCCUCGGCCGCCACCCAGCGACGAGUCACCGUCCAGCGAGGAAUACGGGGCCGUUUGACGUCGCGUCGUGUCGUUGAAGAAGAAAAUAUUCGCAUUCUGAAACGUCUGCAUUCCAAAACUUUGCCACGCUGUCGUACAGCUUUGCGCAUUAUAGCAGGUGAACGAACUGUUGACGAGAAUUUAGGUAAAAUUGAACUUUAUUAGUAUAAAUUGAAGUAACGAUUCGUCAACGAACGAAUCGACGUCACCGUUAUCGAGGAAGUCCGAGUGAAGAACUUAUUUGGUGUUCGAAGGUACCUGUAACGGAUUUCAAUACACAGAGACAUCGCAAAUUUUAUUUGUUCGGGGAUGCGUUUUACGAUCAAUCGAGUGGUUCAACGUGAAUUCACGCGAAACGAGCGCUACACCAGAUGUUUUUAACAAGAAACUGUCAAUGUCAAUCCAGAAAGAAACAACGAUCCUCUAUAUAUAUAACUCAUACUAGAUAAGGAAGAAAUUUAUUGUCCUCGAUGAGAGCUACUUUAGUUCAACGUGUGCUCUUUUCUCUAUUUGUGAUAGCAGUCGAAGGGGCCUUUAAUUAACUAUAGUAGAUAUCCGUUUGUGCGAAUUAAGACUUUCCCGUGAUUAUUUGUUGAAAGACGGUUGCAAAAGAUCCGAGCCGAGCCUGUGACGCGACAAACGGCUAGUGAGUUCCAAAGAAUUGCAAUUCGGAAGUCGUUCUCUCUUCCACGUUUUUCCACUAUUAUUACGUCCAUUGCAGAGUUUUCUUUCUUGUUGAUAUACGAAUAAACGUGCUGAUACGAAUUACGGUAUGACGUACGAAGAUUUAUGUAGAUUAAUUCGAGUGUGUAAAAUAAAGGAAAGAAUCGUAAGGUACAAAUAAACGAGAUGUAAUUUAAACGCAAAAUGGAAAGUAACAUUUA